GGGGUACGCGGACGCUGCCUCGGGACCCAGGAACCCUCCGCUCUGGCCGGCGGGGAAGGACUGAGGCCGCGGCCCGCCCCGCCCGGCUCCCGCUGCUUCUGUCUGGGACCAAAAGAUGCACUCCAGGGUCCCCCUGUCCCUGUUGCUGCUGCUGCUGCUAGCCCCAGGGCCUGGGGUGCAGGGCUGCCCAUCUGGCUGCCAGUGCAACCAGCCACAGACAGUCUUCUGCGCUGCCCGCCAGGGGACCAUGGUGCCCAGAGACGUGCCGCCCGACACGGCAGGCCUGUACGUCUUCGACAACGGCAUCACCACGCUCGAUGCAGGCACUUUUGCCAACUUGCCGGGCCUGCAGCUCCUUGACCUGUCACAGAAUCAAAUCACCAGCCUGCCCAGUGGGGUCUUCCGGCCACUUGCCAACCUCAGCAACCUAGACCUAACUGCCAACAGGCUGCGUGAGAUCACCAAUGAGACCUUCCGCGGCCUGUGGCGUCUGGAGCGCCUCUACCUGGGCAAGAACCGAAUCCACCACAUCCAGCCUGGCGCCUUUGAUGCACUUGACCGCCUCUUGGAGCUCAAACUACAAGAUAAUGAGCUUCGGGCACUGCCCCCGCUGCGCCUGCCGAGCCUGCUGCUGCUGGACCUCAGCCACAAUAGCCUCCUGGCCCUAGAACCUGGCGCCCUGGACACCGCCAAUGUGGAGGCGCUACGGCUGGCUGGCCUGGGGCUACGGCAACUGGAUGAGGGGCUCUUUGGCCGCCUGCGCAACCUACAUGACCUGGAUGUGUCAGACAACCAGCUGGAGUAUGUGCCACCUGCCAUCCGGGGCCUACAGGGACUGACACGCCUGCGGCUGGCUGGCAACACCCGCAUCGCCCAGCUGCGGCCUGAGGACCUGGCAGGCCUGGCAGCCCUGCAGGAGCUGGACCUGAGCAACUUGAGCCUGCAGGCCUUGCCACAUGAACUUUCAGGCCUCUUCCCCCGCCUACGGCUCCUGGCAGCUGCCCGAAACCCUUUCAACUGCGUGUGCCCCCUGAGCUGGUUCAGCUCUUGGGUGCGGGAGAACCGCGUGGCACUGGCCAGCCCGGAGGAGACGCGCUGCCACUUCCCACCCAAGAAUGCUGGCCAGAUGCUCCUGGACCUUGACUACGCUGACUUUGGCUGCCCAGCCACCACCACCACAGCUACAGUGCCAACCACAAGGUCCUUGGCAUGGGAACCCACACCUUCAUCUUCCAACCCAGCUCCCACCUGGCAAAACCCCACGGACCCUGCUGCCAAAGCCCCAAGCCUGCCACCUGCCACACCACCCACUAUGGGACCCGACCCCCAGCCCCAGGACUGCCCGGCGUCCAUGUGCCUCAACGGGGGCACCUGUCAUCUAGGGGCUCGGGGCUACCUAGCCUGCCAGUGCCCUGAAGGUUUCACUGGCCUGUACUGUGAGAGCCUGAUGAGACAGGGGCUGCGGCCCUCCCCCACUCCAGCCACGCUGAGGCCUCCUGGACCCCUGCCCCUUGGGAUUGAGCCAGUAAGCCCCACCUCCCUGAGGGUAGGGCUGCAGCGCUACCUGCAGGGCAGCACUGUGCAGCUCAGGAGCCUCCGCCUCACCUAUCGCAACCUGUCAGGCCCCGACAAGCGGCCGGUAACACUGCGGCUGCCUGCCUCACUUGCUGAGUACACCGUCACGCAGCUUCAGCCCAAUGCCACCUACUCCAUCUGUGUCAGGCCCCUGGGGGUGGGGCGGGUACCUGAGGGUGAGGAGGCUUGUGGAGAGGCCCACACUCCCCCAGCUGUGCGCUCCAACCAUGCCCCCGUCACACAGGCCCGAGAGGGCAAUCUGCCACUUCUCAUUGCACCUGCCCUGGCUGCCGUGCUCCUGGCUGCACUAGCUGCUGUAGGGGCAGCCUACUUUGUGCGGCGGGGGCGGGCCACAGCUGCUGCAGCUCAGGGCAAAGGGCAAGUAGGGUCAGGGCCCCUAGAGCUGGAGGGGGUGAAGGCCCCCUUAGAGCCAGGCCCCAUGGCAAGUGAGGGUGGCGGGGAGGCCCCACCUGGUGGGCCCGAGUGUGAGGUACCACUCAUGGGCUACCCAGGGCCUGCGCUCCAAGGGCCCCUUCCCACUAAGCCCUACAUCUAAACUGGGAGUGAUGGACUACUGGGCUGGGCUCUCAGCCCUGCUGGGA